CACUAUCCGGCUUAUUCCGUUCCCCGUCUUCCCUAACCCGACGCUCCGUCUUUAGAUCUCUUCGCCGCCGUUAUCCGGAACGCCGUAUUCCGCCUUCGUUACGCCCGCCCUAUCCCGCGUCCGCUAUCGACAGCUGAUGUCGUCGCUGUUCUUCUGGAGUUAAUUUAGCGGAGCAGAGGGAACGAGCGAUUGGAAUAAGGAGAGAUGGAAGCCCUACCAGUCGCCGGUGACCGGCGAGGCAUCCUCUCCGCGGUCCCCGCCGCUCUGAACGGUGGCGAUCCCCUCCUGCACCCCUCUCCGGCCCCCGAUUCGCCGCCGCUUCCCUCCGCCCCUGGCGCCCUUGACCCCGACGCCAUCUUCUCCCUCUUUGACCCGUCCGAGAAUGGCGGAGAUGACGGCGAUGACGGCGGCGACGCCCCCGUCUCACCCCGCGGCAGCGAUGCGCCUUCUCGAUCCGCCCGAUCCUCGGCCUCCGAGUACUCCAGGAUCACCGUCUCCGAUCCCCAGAAAGAACAGGAGACCACCUCCUCCCUCGUCCCCGGCUCCGGCUUCUAUGUCACCUACCUCAUCACCACCCGGUUCGUCAGCGGCAGCGGCGGCGGGCUGGUGGAGAUCCGCGUCCGGAGGCGGUUUAAAGACGUGGUCGCCCUUGCUGAUCGCCUCAGCGAGGCCUACCGGGGGUACUUUGUCCCGCAGCGGCCUGACAAGAGCGUGGUCGAGGGCCAGGUGAUGCAGAAGCACGAGUUCGUCGAGCAGCGCCGAUCCGCCAUCGAGAAGUACCUAAACCGGCUGGCUGCUCAUCCGGUGAUCGUGAAGAGCGAUGAGCUAAGGGUGUUUCUUAGGAUGCCGGUGAAGUCGCCAUCGCCGAGCACGGAAGUGGCAUUGAGGAUGUCGGAUGGGGUGGGGGCACUAUCAAAGCAGGUCUCGGGGGAGACGAGAGGGAGGAACGUUGCAGUGGCGACACAAGGUGUGGUGCAGCCGGCAAAGGGAAGGAGGGAUUUUAUGAGGAUGUUCAGGGAGCUGAAGCAGGCAGUGACCAAUGAUUGGGGAGGUGUGAAGCCAUUGGUAGUGGAGGAGGAUAAAGAAUUCUUGGAGAAGAAAGGGAAGUUGCAAGAUUUGGAGCAGCAGCUCACAACUGCUUCCAAGCAGGCUGAGGCACUUGUGAAAGCAAAACAGGAUAUUGGAGACACAAUGGGUGAGUUGGGCCUUACAUUCGUCAAACUUGCAAAAUUUGAAAUGGAAAAUGCCACUUAUCAUUCGCAGAGAUCACGGGCUGCGGAAAUUAAACAUUUUGCAACUGCUGCUCUGAGAACAAGUAGAUUCUAUCGAGAAUCAAAUACACAGACGGUCAAACAUCUGGAUACUCUCCAUGAAUAUUUGGGCCUGAUGCUAGCUGUUCACAGUGCAUUCUCCGAUCGUUCAACUGCAUUGUUGACAGUACAAACACUUACAUCAGAUUUGUCUUCCUUGCUUGCAAGGGAAGAAAAAUUGGAAGCAUCUUCAAUGAGAUUUGGUGGAGACAAGUCCAAGAUCCAUAGAAUUGAAGAGUUGAGAGAAACAAUCAGAAAUACUGAAGAUGCUAAAAUCUGUGCCAUAAAAGAUUAUGAGUGUAUCAAGGAAAACAACAAGAAUGAACUUGAGAGGCUAGACAGGGAGAGACAUGAGGAUUUUCUAGUGAUGCUUAAAGGUUUUGUCAGUAAUCAGGUGAUUUACGCAGAAAAGAUUGCCAAUGUGUGGGCAAAUGUUGCAGAAGAAACAAAAGGAUACACAAGCCAAAGCAAAAGUCAUGCAAUGCAUCUAAAUAUUCCACCAUGACCAAAAGGUAUGACUCUUCAUCUUGUGCUUCAAUUUCUCCACUAAUUGGAAUGAAUGCCUGCUUUGACGCCUGAGAUUCUAGCAUAUCAUUAACCCACCAGUCAUCGGUUCAUUGCGGAAGUUAAUAUUGUAUGUUCUUUUAAGAAAUUGAUGGUUGGGCAUUUGCUCAGCAUGUUUUGCUGUACUUUAUGGACAUUAAUAGCCUGUGUUGUUUCUUUAGUGCUUGACAGAAUUUGUAUCCAUCAGUUUACUACUACCGGUUGUUUCAAUCUUAUGUUCCCUAAAGCAGCCAAGGAUAUAUCUGAUGCUCCAUAGAAUCAAACUAGUAUCAUCCUGAUGCAUCUGUAUAGGCCAAGUCUGAUGCUUUUAGUUUCUGGUUUUGCCUUCUCCAUUUGUCUCCUGUAUUUGCCUGAGGUUUUACAUCUCAAAGAUGAUUGAAAUUUGAUGAGCCUAAACUACUAAAUCAAAGUUUAUUUACUAUAGUCA